GGUGUUACCGUCCGAUGUAAUAUCAAGUUUGAAAAGGCGAUCAGAAAUUUGGCGCCUUAUAGUUUUCGACCUGCACUUGUGACAUUCUUCAAGAUUUCCCCUUUAAAGCAGCAUCAGAGCGAUAGAGCGAUAGAGCGAGAGAGAGAGAGAGAGAGAGAGAGAGAGACAGACAGUUUUUCCCCUCUCUCCACUUCACUCCGGUUGGAGCUCGGUCUCUGCGGAUGAGCGCUGUGUUCCUGAAGACUCUCCGCUCCAGUCUUUUGUGCUCACUGAGCUCUCGUGGGAAUCUUUAAAUGCACGCGCUGGGAUCUGUGAAGUUCUCCGGCGGUCUCUGAUGAAGCUUUUCUCUCGCUUUUGAAUGAGGACAAGUUCCACUCGGCCGUGCACGGUGCAGCACGGGCUCGCGAGAAUGAAGCGAUAAUAACCGGACUUUGGUGACCGAUCGAUCUUUUCCUCCCUGGCGGCCGAGGUCAUGAUGUAUUCGCCGAUUUGUCUAACGCAGGACGAGUUCCAUCCGUUUAUCGAGGCACUUCUUCCUCAUGUGCGCUCCAUCGCCUACACCUGGUUCAACCUGCAGGCCCGCAAGCGCAAGUACUUCAAAAAGCACGAGAAGCGCAUGUCCAAGGACGAGGAACGCGCCGUAAAGGACGAGCUGCUGAGCGAGAAACCAGAGAUCAAGCAAAAGUGGGCAUCACGCCUGCUGGCCAAGCUGCGCAAGGACAUCCGGCAGGAGUACCGUGAGGACUUUGUGCUCAGUGUGACAGGCAAGAAGCACCCAUGCUGCGUGCUUUCCAACCCCGAUCAGAAGGGCAAAAUCCGACGCAUUGACUGUCUCCGCCAGGCGGAUAAAGUGUGGCGCCUGGACCUGGUGAUGGUGAUCCUGUUCAAAGGCAUCCCGCUGGAGAGCACGGACGGCGAGCGCUUAGUCAAAUCGCCCCACUGCACCAAUCAGGCGCUCUGCGUCCAGCCGCACCAUAUCACCGUGUCAGUGAAGGAGCUCGACCUCUUCCUGGCCUACUAUGUCCAGGAUCAAGACUCACAGCAGUCAGGAAGUCCCAGUAACAAUGAGCCUGGCAAGAACCCUCCAGGGUACUUAGAAGACAGUUUUAUCAAAUCAGGAGUGUUCAGCGUUUCGGAGCUGAUCAGAGUAUCCAGAACUCCUAUCACACAGGGAGCAGGGGUGAACUUCACCAUGGCGGACAUGCCCAGCCAACCAUAUUACCAUGACCUGAACUCAGUGAGCUUACACCGCUCACUGUCCUCCCCUCCUGGCAGUAAGCGACCUAAGACUGUUCCAGAGGACAGCAUGGAGACGAGUCCCACAGGCCCGGACUUUUACUCCUCUCCUAGCUCACCAGUUAGUCGACCAUGGCAUGAGAGAGACCAAGCUGAGAUAUCCUCUCCCACUAUGAAGAAGGCGGAGAAACCGCUGUUUAGCCCCACCUCUCCACAAGACUCCUCCCCACGCCUGACUACAUUUCCCCAGCAUCAUCACCCAAGCCUAACCAGCGUGGGUCACAGUGUGAUCUCCACAAGGAGCCCUCCCCCUCACUCUCCACUGCAGUUUUCAGCUCCCGCCAUCCUUCCUCCUGCUCCAUCGCCCUACUUCUCCCAUCCCACCAUCCGUUACCCUCCGCACCUCAACCCUGCCGACUCGCUCAAGAACUACGUUCAGCCUUACGAUCCGUCCAGCCCUCAGAGCAGCCAGGCGAACAGCAGUGGUCAAGUGGUGGGGAAGGUUCCAGGCCACUUCACCCCAGUGCUGACACCAUCUCCCCACCAUGGAGCAGUCAGACCCGUCUCUCUCUCCAUGCCUGACACCAAGCCAAUCACCACAUCCUCAGAGGGUUAUUCAGCCCCUGGCACCCCUACCGCUAACCGUUUUGUAGGACUGAGCCCUAGAGACCCAGCCUUCCUCCACCAGCAACAGCUGAGGAUUUGUGACUGGCCCGUGAAUCAAAACGUCAGGUCUUAUGGCUCAGAGGAGGCUUUGGGGAUUUCUUGGCAAAGGUCUAUAGAAACAGACAAGAGGAGAGAAUGUAAUGAGCAGGACCUACCAUACAGGUCCUGGUACCUGGGCGAGCUUAAUUCCAUUCCAAGUGUCGAACGGGACUCAGAUUCUGCCAACAAAUGUCCAGAAUUACAGCAUAAACAUCAUUGGUGAGCCCCUUCUUCAGGCGGAGACAAGCAACUGAGGGGUGUAAGCGGGGGGGGGGGAGGCCAAGCCUUGACUCUGGAGUGACAGGUCCGUGGACAAACCAGCAAGCAGCACUUACACAAUCUCCACUGACUUUCGUCCCUCCCACUGAAGGACUUUGCCCUAGAACAGGAGAGUUGAUUCGGGUCAAAGCUGGCACGAGCCUCUCCAUGCCAGUCAGUCAUUGUGUGAGAAGGCCCCUCAACUGACAUACUGUGAUAUUUACCAUACAAACAAAUUUUAGAUGCCUUAAUGUUUUGCAUGACAGUCUCUUGUAGUGUUUUUUUUUUUCUCUCAUUCUUAUGUCACAAUUUCUAGGCUUGGUUUUUGAGCAGGUGUAGAAGGAGAGGCACACAAGGGCUGGCUGGCUGGACUUUAAAAAUGUAUUUUUUUUUUUUUUUUGUUAAUUUUUUUUUAAUGCAGGCUCCAAUUCUGACCUAUCAAAGAAGGCUCAACCCACAUCAUUACAUGUCCAUAGGAACAAAAUUCAGCAAGUCAGACUUUUUUGUUUGUUUGUUCAUUUGCCUUCUAAAAUUUCUUUUUUUUUUUUUUUCCAUGAUGAAAAGGCACCUUUUUGGUAUCUGUAAUCUUGUCAAUCUUGAAAUUGUAUUUCCUUUAGAGCUAAAGGUUAAUAUCUACUCUUAAGAGUUAAGAACUCUGAAUUUUAUAGUAAAAAAAAAAAAAAAGACCUGUAUUACUAGGUUACAAAACAACCCCAGUGAAUUUUCUUGAUGUAUCCUUUACAAAGGAUUUUCGACAAAUGGAAAAAAGAAAAUAUCUCAUAUGAGGCAAGUGCAAUUCAAAUGAUUUUUUUUACUGAAGGGAAGCUAUCAUAGUCUGUCUGCCCUAGGACUCUAAAGGAAAGGGGAGUAACUGUUUUAAGUUCACUUGAGAAAAAAAAUGAGAAGAAAAUUUUUUUUAAUUGCAUCCUCAAAUAUGAACAUGGAACGUGGAUAAGUUGAGAGCGGAGAAGUGUGAGUGACAGCAAACGUUUACCUGAGCAGAACUGAACACGAACAAAACAGCACUUAUCUUGAGCCGUACCCAAGCACUCGGGUAGAUUAAUUUUUUGUUUUGUUUUAAUUUAUUGUGUAAAAUGGCAAACAGAAAAACUUAAGGUGAAAAAGACACAAACACACGGCGUGUAUAAAAUGGCUUAUGUUUUUUUUUUCUUUCUUUUUUUCUUUUAAUGUAAUCCCUACCUGUCUAGCGUGCAUUUUCAUUUGGGCCAUUAGCUUGUAAAGCUAUUGUUUACAUUGUGAUAUUACAAGAAACACAAGAAACGCAGGCUGGUGAAGUAAUUUAAGAGACAAUGUUUGUGCAUGCAUGUGUGUGAGUGCGAGUGUGUGUGUGUGUGUGUGUGUGUGUGUGUGUGUGUGUAUGUGUGUAUGUGUGUGUGUGUUUGUUAUGUGUUAAAUCUGCACUCAGUUAAACACUAACCUGCAGGGUGAGGCUAGGUCUCAUGGUGCUUCUUUUAUGCCCAGCUUGGUGAAUUUUGAGAGUCGUUAGUCCCAUAAAAUCUCCAGUUGUUUAUUUUAUUUUUUUAUUUUUAUUUUUUUGUCACGGCAGUCCCAAUGCCAUCGCCUCUCUAAUCAGAUAUAUUUAUAUAACUAAUCGUUCCAAUAAUCUUAAUUUGCACGAAUAUAUAUAGUCCACAUUACGUGCCUUGCCUUUGAAUAUAGAAAACAUCACUACACUUGUUUUUGCUGCAUUUAUUACUGUUUUAGGAAAGAAAAAAAAUAACAUUUUUAUGAUAAGAAAUAUUUUGUACUCUGGAUGAAAUUGUGUCAUUGUUGAUUUUUAGCUUCAUUUACUACUUUAUCUCACAUUUACAGUGCAUAUCAAGGCUGUGUAUAGUUGCUGUUCUAAAGUUUAUAAUCAAACAGCAUUAUUUUUCAGUAUUUUGGUGUUUUUUUUUUUUUUUUUCAUCUUCCUAUCAUUAUUGGGGAGGGAGGGAUCCAGAACUAUAAGAAUUAUGCAAUACCAAGUUUUGCCUAUGGGUAGUGCUUUUAGCUAUUGUCGAUUAGAAGCUAGUACGGAGAUACAAAUAGUGAAAACAUUUAUUUUGUCAAUGUUGUCAUUGUUAAUGUUGUUGUUGAUGUUGUUGUUCUUUUCUUCACUUUUCUUUUCUUUUCUUUUCUUUUUUUUUUUUUUUUUAUUGACCAAAGUGGGAACUGCUUUCUAUGCAGUGUGGGACAAGGUCUUUUUUUUUCAUUGAGUGUACUGAAAGAUGGGAGAGGCGCAUGCAAGGAUAGUUUUGUUUUGUUUUCUCUGUGAGGGGAGUAAUAAUUUUUUUCUUCUACACUUUGUAGCAUGCAUCAUUUGGUCUAAUAUGGCUGCAGAGUCACUGGUCUGCCUACUGUGACUAACCAACUUAUUUUCCACACUGGGGUGCUAGCAUGACUCCGGCAAAUGACUUCGUUUUUUUAGAGGAUGGAAAGCUUGACUUGAGACUGACAAUCAGUGUGGCAAUUUCGAGAAUUUAAGGGUUUUUGUAAUUGUGUUCGCCAUGACAGUAUACACCGCUAAACUAACAUUUAUGGCAUUUGAGUGUCUAAAAGGUUGAGGCAUAAGGGCCUCACUCUUAUGCCUGUGCUGGGAUUUAAACUUCCGAUUAGAAGUCCAACAUUUUUAACUGCUGAGCUGAGUUACCACUUCCCAGCUGAAUCCAAUUUAUCCCCCAGCUCAGAUUUUCCAUACAAUGGGUUCUGUGAUUGUUAUCUAAUUCAUAUUGCCUGUUCAUUCAAUCUGUCCACAUGCAACAUCACGUACCUGUCAGUACUGUAUCUUGAAAGCUGUGAGACGAAACUUCAGCUUUGGAUCUGCAUAUUAUCAGGAGAGAUAUGCAAGUAAAUAAGUAGAUGCCUUAAAUUUUUACGAUAAAAAAGUGACUUGCUAACGAAAUGCAUUACAAUCACCACGCUAUGCUUGCGUGUUAAAAUUUAUUUGCAAUCAAAAAAUAAAAAAGUAUCCUUAAUUAUGUAUCCUGGAGAUAUUUCCAGGUUUUAGCCUUAUGAGGAUGACAGGUUUCGGGAUCGCCGUACGAGCUUACGAUCUGCCGUAUAAUCUUCUUGUGAUAAAUGACAGACUUCAGAAGAAGGGCCUUAUGCAGUUUCCUUUUUUGGUCUGGAGGACCACUGCGAUUUUAACACUGAGCACUUACACAGCAUAAAGGCAAUCAUCCACCUCCAGUGCCCUUUCAAAUGAGCGAUUUUCCUGAAAACAGUACAAGGGUAUAAACUCAGGCAUAAUGCGCCUUGGAGCGUUGUACCGAUAUCAGUCAUUAGAUUUAUUCUUUGCAUUAAACACAGAAGACAUUUGGCGUAUCUUUCAACAUUUCUGCUGUUUGUCCAUGGUCCAUUUAAUGAACACAUUCUUCUGCAGCAGACCUGGAAUCAUUCUAGGUCUUUGUCUAACUACGUAUGUCCUCAAAAUAAAAAAAACUUUGGAUAGAACAAACUCAAGUCAAGCUCAAUCUUUCCUCAUUCACAACUUAUUGUUCAAACAAAAAAAUUGAGCUGCCCCCUUUUUAUGUGCACUGCUGUCUGUGUUUUUCUUUUUGUUUUGUUUUUUUACUGUUAUUGGAUUUAAGAAAGUCAAUGUGCUUUGCAGCCGUUUGGCCAUUAGCCGUGCUUCUGAAGUGCAUUUUCCCUAGACUGAUGGUCGUGUUAGGGACAGAGGAUCAGUGUCAUGGUUGUUAGCCGUGCUAAACCAGUGAAGACGACUGUAGGUAUGGGUCACCGUGUUGCCCACAAUGACGAGAUUAGUCUCUGGAAUUCCUUAGGGGGAUAGAAUAAGCUCUGGCAACUGUGGAAACGUUUGUCAGUGCGAGUGCGUGGCAGAGCGUGUGGGAUGCUGACACUGUAUGAGAUGAGCUAAUGAGCGUCUUUUUUUUGUUUAUUUGUUUGUUUGUUUUUUAUUCAACUGCCUGCCUUCUGGACACAAGUUUUUACACUGUAAUUUUUUUUCUUUUCCCUUGCUUGGAAAGAGCGAAAUUUUAAUCUGCUGCCCCACUUUUAAAAUUACUCAUUUAAAAUAAUCUUUUUGAAUUUGAAGACUUUUUUCUUUUAAGUGUAACGGGAAAAAACUGUUCUUUUUCUUUUUUUUUCCUUUUUUUCUUUUUCCUUUGGUUAGUGUAGGAGUUUGUGAUGUGAAUAUGUGUCAUAUAAAAACAAAUAGGAAAGGAAUCAAUUAUUAUAUUCAUAUUGGGAUCUUUUUAUUCUCUCCGAGUAAUUUUACAGGCCCCUGAUUCUAGUUGGUUAUCAGUGAGUCCUAGCACUAGUCAUAGCAAUAGUCUCAUAGUCCAUAGUAGGGAAAUUCUGCUCUGUUAACUUGGUGGGUUGUCAGUGCGAGAAUGUGGGCAGUGUGUGUGUGUGUGUGUGUGUGUGUGUGUGUGUGUCUGAUUGACUCUGACUUCACACAGUAAGGAAAAAUGAGGGUCUUUCAAAUACCUGCCUUGUAGACAAAAGUUUGUACACUGUAUUAUUUUUUCUUUACCCUUAUUUGUUAAAGCUAAAUUUAUAAAAUUAGCUAAAAAUGAAUUGUUAAUGUAAGAAAAAAAAACUGUUUGGACUCGAUCUGGAUUUGAGGUACAAUUCUAGCUGCCCAUAUAAAGCAGAUUUUCAUUUUAAUUCGUUGUACUUUGUCACAAAGAUAAAUUCCUAUGUUGGUGUGUAAAUGUUUAAAAGUAAACGAUGAAGGUCAUUUGUUGUGCUUCAUGUAGAUUAACCUGACGUGUUGUGUCUGUCAGCGUGGACCUCAGCUGUGUCACUUGAUUAUGAGAUAAAGCAGAAAUGGGGGGUGGGGGGUGUGUGUGAUGGUUUUGCUGAUUUGGGAUGAACAAGGGAAAUGGCCAUCCCUUUAAAAAAAAGGCCCCUGAUUUUAGUCUGUCAUCAGUGAUUACCAGGUUGUUAGUGAUAUAUAUUUUUGCUGUCUCCUGCAAAAGAAAAAGACUUUUACCCACAGUACGUUGAAUCAAUUGGUUUCUAAUGAGACUGUAUAACUUUUCUAUUGCGACCCGAGCUAAGCAUGUUCAUUUCACAGUAUUUCCCGUGUUCACCAAGGGUCACCAUGGUCGCCAUUAGGGGUAACAUAGUCAGGAUAAGGUCAGUACUGGGAGAAGCCGAACUCCCAGGGGCCUUUGCGCAGCCCCACAAAUAUCCGUUUAUUUUGUUAGCACAGAGGAGAGUUUGGCAAACAGCUGAGCAUUUGCACUUUCCACAGUUCCCACUAGCCCUCUCAUUGGCGCGUCUUUGUUUGGUGUAUGGUUUGCGUGCCAUCAUCAGAUUUCAAACGUGAACACUUCCAUCAGAGUUUACUGAUUGUGAUCGUGUCACAGUGUCGCUCAUCACAGCACACCGUGUUAUGAGGCUUAUGAGAGGAGGCUUAUUCUGGUCAAUUUCUACCUUUAUUUGUGUCUCAGUAGUAAUUUUUUUUUAGAUUUGUUUUUCAUUCCUUUUCAAAGGGCUGAUUAUUAUAACUUUUUUUUAAAGCAGUUUGUUGUCAAGACGUUGGAUUCUCAUAGCAUUACAUGUAUUACACUAUAAAAGACGAUGGCCUGGUUAAAGUUAAGUAUUACGUGUAGAGUUAGUUAUGAAAGCCAUGCUCAUGGACACUGAGAAGGCCACAAGUAUUUUCCUUAUGCAAGGAGGUGCUGGUGGCACUCACGCAAUAUCUUUAUUUAGUUCACCUGAAUAUGGAUUUAAUCACAGGGAAAGGCAGGAGACCUUUCAAGUCCAUUUCGUCAGUUCUGUUUUCCAAGGGCAUUUUCGAUGGCAUGAAUGAACAUCAGGUAGACAUAAACAGGAACAUAUUAAAAAACCAGCAUAUUUUGAGAUGUUUACCAAAAAAACAAAAAAAAAGACAAAAAAUAUAUACAGUAUAUAUAUGUUAAGCAGUGCCUGUUCCAGCUCACAGUCUCAGUGGACUUAACAUUGUACAUAAAAAAAAAACACUGAUUGAAAUUUCUUUGGGAAAAAUUAGAAAUGUAGAAAAGAAAACAGUCAAAACAGAAUGUGUGGGUUGCUUCUUCCUGUAUUUUUAUCUUACUGUUUUAUUUUUUUCCCCCUAGGUUUUCUGUGACGUGUCCUUUUUAAGUGUUUUUGUGCUCUGUUCAUUUUUUUGAAUAUUUUAGUCCUAUUGAAUGGAGUGCCCCAGUCUCUCGAUAUUUCUUUGAUGAGAUUAAAUAACUAGUUGGGCAGUGUGUUUCUUUAGAUUGUCAAUGCUACACUUAGAACUACAGUAGAUAAAAAGAAAAUAUCAGUAAAAAAAAAAAAUGCUUGCCAGCUCCACAGCAGGGUUGAUUUCUUUCAGGUCUUGUGGCACUUUUACACCCUUUUCAAAAUAGCGCUUUUUUGUUUGUUUGUUUAUUUGUCUGAGGUUUUUUUUUUCUUGAGCCAUGCAUUUGUAACACGACAUCAACAACACUAACACUUGUUAUAAGGUUGUAUCAGCCUUUAGUGAAUGUAGUAACACCACAGAUGUAUGCAAAAGGCAAUGUAAAUCCUGAAUGUACAUCAUAGAAGAUUUUAAAGACUUGUUUUAUUCACUAUUCGGAAAAUGCAGGUAUCCUUCAAGAGACUGUACAGUGAAGGUCUUGUUUAUUUUCUUUUUUUCAGCUGUUUUUCUUCAUUUGGCUUUUUUUUUUUUUCAGUUUUCACAGCUAAACUGUAGGCAUUGCCUUUGAGCUAGCUGCAUUUGAUGUAGGGGAUAAAAUUGCCACAAGAUGAAAAAUGAGUGUAAAUAAUGCUUGACUUUUUUGUGAUUGUUACUGUUAUAUCCAGCCUAUACUGCUAGCAGCUGUUUUUACUGCAGUCAAUUACUGGAAGUGGAUAUAUUUCCUAUGCAAAACUGUUUAAACAAUAAAACGAGCUAUGCUACAAAAACAAA